AUGUCAAAACAAAAAUUCGAAGGUGAAUUCCAACGAAUAAGUUCCAUCGGUGAUAAUAAAGGUAGUUUUAUUCGUAACACUCAAGAAACAGACAAUUAUCAAUCAGAAGUUGAUCCCAAUGAUCGCGUUUCUGUUGAAUUAUGGAAUAAAUUAAAUGAAGAAGAUAUAAAAAACAUGCCUAUGAUAGAUGAUUAUUCCAAUGAACAUACGGCUGCACAAUGGUUAACAUGGUAUGUUCGUCUUGCACAGCGAUAUAAUCAAAUAGAUAGUCAUCUUGGCUGGAAUUUUUUAACAAAUAUAAAUGAAGAAAAUCAGGAAGCAUUGAUUAAUCAAACUCUAAUUCGAGCACCAUUUACUAAAUUAUCUUUAACAGCAGCAAAAAAAUUCAAUGAAUAUAUGAAAUAUUCUCAAAAUGAAGAUUUAAAACGUAUAUUUGGUCGUUUAGCAUUAGGUACAAUUAAUAAUAAUGAAGAUGAUUUAAAAAAAACUUCUCAAUUACAAGCAGAAUUUGAAGAUAUUUAUGCAACAACUAAAGUUUGUGAAUCAAAUGAUCCUGAAAAAUGCUAUACANUCAAUGAAUAUAUGAAAUAUUCUCAAAAUGAAGAUUUAAAACGUAUAUUUGGUCGUUUAGCAUUAGGUACAAUUAAUAAUAAUGAAGACGAUUUAAAAAGAACUUCUCAAUUACAAGCAGAAUUAGAAGAUAUUUAUGCAACAACAAAAAUUUGUGAAUCAAAUGAUUCUGAAAAAUGCUAUACACUUUCGCCGUACUUAGAACGAUCAAUGCAAAUUGAAAAAGAUUAUGAUCGUUUAAUAUGGGCAUGGAAAGGUUGGCAUGAUAGUUGUGGAAAUAAAGUUCGACCUGUUUAUAUACCUUAUAUCAAUCUAUUGAAUAAAAAUACUAAAGAAAAUGGAUAUAAAGAUCUAUCUGAACCAUGGAUUGCAGAGUAUGAGAUGGGUGAUACUGAAGAAUUUGAAGAAAUUAUUGAUCAACUUUUAAAUGAUACUAUGCCAUUAUAUGAACAAUUACAUGCUUAUGUUCGAGGUCGUCUAUGUUCAAUAUACCCAAAUCGUUUUAAUUGUCAUGGGCCUAUUCCAGCUCAUAUUCUCGGUAAAUUUAACUUUUAUGAGUAA